UGGAGCAGAAUAAUACAACCAGUCAGCUGAAGACAGAGUGCACACAGAGAAAUUCACACAGAGAAAGAAAGAAAGAAAUAAGAGAAAACACUCUCGUGUCGGGUUGAAACGCGCACGCGGAGAGGAGCCUCAACAAGCUGUCUGGGAUUUUUCCCCUUGGCCUUACACGAGGAACAGAAGGAGCCAGUGGAGCGAGUUCACUUGCUUUUGUCUUCUCUCCCUCCCUGCUCUCCCCCUCUCUUCACCCUCCUGCCUCUCUGAAUGACUAAAGCCAUGUCCAUCGUGUCUACAAGCACAGGGCUGCAUGAGACCCUGGCCUUGCUCACCUCUCAGCUCCAUCCUGACGCCAACCACAAAGAGGACCUGGUCUUCCUCAAAGAUGUCUUCAGUGAGAAAAGCCUCGGUUACCUCAUGAAGAUCCAUGACAAACUGAAGCAAUAUGAGAAACGCAGCCCGACUCCAGUUCUACACAGCGCCACCUGUCUGGCAGAGGAUCUGGCAGAGGAGCUUCAGAGCGGGCCGCUGGAGAACGAUGAGAGAGAACUGCUUCUCCUUCUGAGCACUCCCCACUUCAAGGCGAUGCUGUUGGCCCACGACACAGUUGCCCAAAAGAACUUUGACCCGGUGCUGCCGCCGCUGCCGGAGGAUCUGGACGACGACCUGGAGGAAGAGUCGGUCAAGAUCGUCCGCCUGGUGAAGAACAAAGAGCCGCUGGGAGCGACCAUCCGGAGAGACGAGGUGACAGGAGCUGUAAUCGUGGCCAGAAUCAUGAGGGGAGGGGCGGCUGACCGCAGUGGCCUGGUGCAUGUCGGGGAUGAGCUUCGAGAGGUCAAUGGAAACCUGAUAACCCACAAAAGGCCGGAUGAAAUUAGUCAGAUUCUGUCCCAGUCACAAGGCUCCAUCACCCUGAAAAUCAUUCCAGCUGUGGAAGAAGAAGAAGACAAAGUGACAGAAAGCAGGGUCUACCUUCGGGCUUUGUUCAACUACACGCCCUAUGAGGACAAAGCCACGCCGUGCCAAGAGGCGGGACUUCCAUUUAAGAGGGGGGACAUCCUUCAGGUCGUCAGCCAGGAGGACGCCACCUGGUGGCAGGCCAAGAGGAUUGGUGACUGUAACCUGCGUGCUGCCCUCAUCCCCUCUACACAGUUCCAGGAGAGGCGUCUGCGAUACAGGAUGAAAAUGGGUUCUUUUCCUGCCCCUAUGUCCUCCAAAGCUCCCACAUAUGAUCGUGCUGACAGAGAAGACUGUGACAGUGAGGGUGCUCUGAAUGGAAAGGACAUAGCUAGUCUGCGCAGAAAUUUCCGCCUCAGGAAAGAUCGCCACAAUUCACCAGGAGAAGCUCAAACUCCAGAGGCCAAUCACACAGAGUUCCGCAUUUAUGAAGAAGUAACACAAUAUCUGCCCUGCCCUGGUGAAAGGCCCCGUCUUAUAGUACUGAUAGGUUCCCUGGGAGCUCGGAUCACUGAGGUCAAACAGAAGGUGAUUGCUGAAAAUCCUCAACGUUAUGGUUUGGCUGUGCCUCAUACUACUCGAACCAGGAAGUGUUAUGAGAGAGAAGGAGUGGAGUACCACUUCAUCACCAAAGCAGCUUUCGAUGCCGACAUACAGAGUGGCAAAUUUAUUGAAUAUGGGGAGUAUAAAGAUAAUCUGUACGGUACCAGUUUGGAUUCCAUUCACAGGAUUUUGGAUCAAAACAAGGUCUGCCUUGUGGAUGUGCAACCAGAGGCACUGAAGACUCUACGUACUCCUGAGUUCAAACCAUAUGUAAUCUUUGUAAGGCCUCGCAUCGAUGACAGUCAAAGGAAAUCAGUUGGCUCCUCUUCCUCGCUCAGCUCAGUCCUCACGGACGACGACCUGCAGGAAAUGAAACAGUCGGCUGAGAGGAUGGACGAGUGCUACAGCUCCUGGGUGGACUACGUCUUGGUGAAGGAGGACCCGGCCAGUGCCUUAGCUGAGCUCCAGGUCGUACUGGAGCGGGUGCAGACGGAGCGCCAGUGGGUGCCUGUGUCCUGGGUGAGGAGCUAGACUGGUUCAAGUUGGAUCCGUGGACCCCAUAGCAUGUGGAGGACAGAUUAGACUGAGUGUUGGAGUCGUCAAGUGUUUACUGCUAUACUCGCAUACAGGUUUGUGAUAGUUGGCUGAGUCAGUAGCUACAAUUUCAUCAAUCUGAACAUCCAGCAAGCCAUCGCCAGAGAUAUGCACUCAGUACGAUCAAUUAUGUAAGAACUCUACCGUGAGAGCAGCUAUAAUGUGAAGUGCCAUAUCAAGCUUUUACAAAAGAUUAUUGUACAGCGGAAUAAUAAACCUGCAGACCAUCUUCUUCUUACAGAGACUGUACUUCUGUUUCCUAACUUUUGGCAAAAGUCUGUAUUAAAAAAGACAAAUGUGUUGAAUCCAUCUGUUGGCACUGCUGUUUGAAGAUAAUGAAUUCCUGAGAAAUAACACUCAUGCACCAUCCAGUAUUUGGGGAAACCAUUUACUCUAGAAUGACAAUUAUAAACCAUACCAUAAACAAAAGAAGGAAAAUAUACAU